GUCCGGGUGGAAAAGGGAGUACAGAGGGGCCAUGUGGAGAAGAGCCUGAAAUCAAGUCCUGUACGCUAAAUAUUUGGACUGAACCGCGAUGAGUCUUUUACCUCGAACCGCCGAGGAGUUCAGCUCUGCAGAGUACUGGGAGAGGUUUUUUAAGAAGCACGGAGAGAAAGCUUUUGAAUGGUAUGGAGACUACAACAAACUCUGUGGCGUGCUGCAUAAAUACAUCAAAGUGCAAGACAAGGUGCUGGUGGUUGGUUGUGGUAGCUCAGAGUUGAGUGAACAGCUGUAUGAUGUCGGCUACAAACAUAUCACCAAUAUAGACAUCAGUGAGACAGUGGUGACCCACAUGACCCAGAGAAAUGCCGAGCGCAGACCAGGUCUCGCCUUUCAUCAAGUGGAUGCUACACAAACCCCAUAUGAAGACGCCAGCUACCAGGCUGCUCUGGACAAGGCCACCCUGGAUGCAGUGGCAUCUGAAGAGGAAGGAACUUUGGCCAGGAACAUGCUCACUGAGGUGGGCCGUGUGCUAAAAGUCGGUGGGCGGUACGUCUGUGUGACAUUGGCUCAGGAGAGUGUCAUAAAGUUAGUAGUGGAUCAUUUCGUUCAGCUUGGGUGGGCGGUGAGGCUCCACUGCCUGCAGGAAGAAACUGGGCCAGAUGAAGACUCCUUUGCUCUGCCUGUGUUUGUUCUGGUCUGCACCAAGUUCCGUCAGCCGAUGCCCAUGCCCAUUCUAGAGAUGUGCCUCGGAGAGGAUGGAGCCCCGGUCCGUCACACACAGGUGUCAGAGCUAUUGUCGGCUGUGAAGGAACAUCAGGCUUAUUUUGUCUUGAGAAAGAGGCUCCGCACAGGCACUGAUGCCAGCUCAAACCUCUCGCUAACUCUCUGCCACGCCAAGACCGGCCUUCCCAGAUACACUCUCACAAUACAAGAUUCCCUCCCUGGCGCCAAAGUGCCAAGACCAAACCAGUUUGCUAUAUUUAUUGUGCCUCAGGGGAGUGAGACAGCUUGGCUCUACAGCUCCACUGAGGGCCGAAGGCAGCUGGCAGCCAGUGCUAACUUUCGGCGCCUGGUCAUAGUUGCAAUGCACAGGAAUCAGGAGUACAAAGACAUGCAAGCUGUCCAGUCAGAACUCUCACCUAUGGUGAUGGAUUUGGCUCCCCCAGGCAUGCCAGCCAACCAUCAGGUGCCCUUUCUGUCAGUGGGAGGUGACCUUGGUUGGCGAGAGGAGGUCAGCAGGGGUGUGAGUCAGCUGAGUGGGGAGUUUAUUGUGGAGAACGUCAAAGGAGAAGAUGGAGAACUGUAUCGCAGACUUGUGUUCAUGUCUAACGCUGCCCUUGUCCAGUCAGAGAGCCGUCUUGUCUCAUCAAAUACUGUCUCAAGUCAAAAGAAAAAGAACAAAAAGAAAUCCAAGGCAACAGCUGCUCCAGUAACAUCCUCAUCCCCUCUGUCAGUGGACAGUGGCUUCCUCUGCUGCGCUCAUCAUGAAGUCAUGGUGGCUGGUCUUGCUUUGCUUGGUCUGGGAUUGCCAAAGAACAAAGAUGUCCCAGUGUCAGUGCUUCUGGUGGGGCUCGGUGGAGGAGGCCUGCCUCAGUUCCUGCGGGACUUUGUGCCCAGUGUCACUGUUGAGGUUGUAGAACUGGACCCUGAUGUUCUGGAAGUUGCAAAGACGUGGUUCGGGUUCCAACCAGAUGAUCGUUUGACUGUCACUCUUGGGGAUGGCCUUGAACGAAUCUGUGCUUUGGAGAAAGAAGGUGGUCGAUUGUUCGAUGCCAUCAUGUUCGAUGUAGACAAUAAAGAUAGCACUUUGGGUAUGAGCUGUCCUCCGGCUGCUUUUGUAGAAACACCCAUCCUGCAGAAAGUCUCCAGCUUGCUAACUCCCAGAGGUCUGUUCAUACUGAACCUUGCAUGCCGUGACUCGGCCCUGAGGAAGAGUGUGCUUGAGCGUGUGAAUGGUGUGUUUCCCACCAUCCUCUCUCAAAAGAUCGACGAGGAGAUCAAUGAAGUCCUUCUGUGCUCUUGUGGAGACAAAGAGACAUCGGAUAGCAUCCUUCCAUCCUUGAACCAAGCAGCUAAGAAUCUGCAGAGUGCUCUGAACUCUAACAGGAUUGAACCCAACCGCAGACCUCACAUAGACAUUGCAGAGUUGUUAAAAAACCUGAAAGUUGCGUAAAGUUCUUGUGUGUGACCAAGGGAGGCUGGUUUUAAUCGCGUACCAGGACUGUUUGAGAUAAUAUCAAUGACAUAAUGAAAUAUGAGAGAUACUGCUUUGGUCUUUGCUUUUCAGUGCAGUGUAGUGAAGAGUGUAUAUGUAUACAUGGGCAUUGAUUCCAGGGUGAAUGCAGAGAUUAAUCAAUAUUUGGAGCGCAUGCAUUUGUCCCAGCCAGUAAAAUCAUAAAAAAAGCAGAAAACCAUUAUUUUGAAAAGCUGUUAUAAGCUUACUCUUAGAGCCAAUAACACCUAUGAGGCAUGUUGGACACUGAAAUCUUAUGGCUGUGCAGAGAAUUUUGAAGCAGAAAUGAAUUAUUUCAAAUGACAAUAAAAAAAAAAACAUUGAGCAAAAGCCACAAACAAUAAAUGCCAACAUAGCAAUAAAAGAGAAAUCCAUGGCUUUUGCUUAUAGAAACAGAUUUAACUAUGCUAAAAAAUUGUGGGAAUUACCAAUGAGACAAAUAAAGUAAAACCUUUAUAUAAAUAAUGGUUUUUCCACCAUAAAUGGUACAAAUUGGCAGAAAUUGGUGCAUAAAAUUCACCAGAAUGAAGUGUUUCAUGAUCAAUUUAAUGUGCCCCCGUACAUUGUUUCAAAUAAACCCCUGUACAAUGCCCAUAAAAAAUAUUUUCUAUACUUCCCGGAUUCAUUUCACCCUCUGUCUUUAUAAGCCACUAAGAAACCAGCUGCUGUGAAGCAUCCCAAUGUCAUGAUGCUGCCACCGCCAUGCUUAAUGGUGGGGAUGAUGUGUUUGUGAUGUGCAGUGUUUGAGGUCUACCAGAACAAAUCAUCUAGUCUGACUGCCAGAAAGGUACAUUUUGGGCUCAUCAGACCAAAGAAUCUUCUUUCAGUUGCCUUCAGUCUCCCCCAUGCCUUCUGGUGAACUCUAGCUGAGAUUAAUUGAAAGCUUUUUUCAACAGUGACUUUUUUUUGCAACUCUGUUAUGAAGCUUGACUAUUAAAGGACAUGGGCAACAGUUUUUGUAUGUACAGCCACUGAAGCUUGUAACUCCUUCAGAGGAGUCAUAGUUGUCUUGGUGACCUCGAUCACUAAUCUCUUUCUGGCAUAGACAGCUUGCUCAAAACAGCUUUACACAUACGCUAUAUCCCUUCCAUUUCUUGGUCAUAGAUUUAACUGGAGUUCAAAUGAUACAAUGUGACCUUGAAAUUUUCUUGCGUCCAUCCCCUGACUAAUGCUUUUCAGUAACCAUAUCACAGUCUUGCUUGAAGUUUCUUUUGUCUUCACUGUGUAGUUGCAGCCAGGACUAGUGAUUCACCAGGGACUGGACCUUCCAGACGCAGGUGUCUUUAUACUACAUUCACCUGAGACCCGUUCACUGCACUCAGAUUUUCUAAUUCCACUAAUUGUGAGACUUCUGGUACCAUUUGGUUGCGCCUGUGUUGAAUGAGGUGAGUCACUUUAAAGGGGGUAAAUAAUUACAGAAGCACUUAUUUUACAUUUUUGAUUCACAUUAUUUUGAAGAAAUCCCUUUCACCUUUGACAUGAAAGCAUUUUUUAAAAAUUCUUUGAAGAAAAGCCAAAUUGAUCAUUAUUCAAUGUUGAAAAGAAACAAAAAGGAAAAACUCUAAAGCUGAAAUAAUACUUUUUAAAUGCAAUGCAUGUUUAUAGAAACAAUCACAAGACCUUUCUGACUGCAUUUUGAUGGAGUGAUUUUACAAAAAUGCCUUCUGUUAAAUAUUUGAGUAAGUAUUAUUGUUGUUGCUGUUGCAUUACUUCACCAUUAAAUGCAGCCUUUACUUUCUUUUUCAUGUG